AUGAAAAAGCCUGCAGCUGUGAAGGCGGUCGGGAAGGUUCUAAAGCCGAUCCUGAAGAAGCCCUCGUUGCUUCUUCCUGUUGAGAAGAAGAAGGCGGCCAAGAAGGACGAGGAGAAGACGAAGCCCGAGGACACCACGAAGGACGAGAAGCCGCCCACGAAGAACAACAAGCAGUCCAAGAAGGAGCCGUCCAAGGAGGAGAAGAACGACAAGAAGCCCAAGAAGGAGCAGUCCAAGGAGCAGAAGAACGACAAGCAGUCCAAGAAGGAGCCCAAGGAGAAGAAGAACGACAAGACCAAGGAGUCGAAGGCAGGGCACGAGGAAGAGCACGUGGAGGACGAGGAAGAGCCGGAGGAGGAGCACGAGAAAGAGAACGACCCUGAGGUCAGCGAGCCGGAGAAGACGAAGGAGAAGUUCCCGCUGAGCUUGACGAACAUCAAGACGCACUCCGAGUUGUUGGAGGUGAAAGGCUGGUCGGGCAAGGAGGUCUUCAACGCCUUUAAGAUGUUGCCCUCGAGAUGGUCUGGAAACUCUUUGAGAAAGGACGGCAAAAGGAAGGAUGUGAUGCAUCCUACCGAGACCAGACAAGCGGUUCAGGUGACUUGGGAACCCUGGAAAACCAUGCAGAAUCGCUACGGCAAGACGGAGGCAUUGGCCCGCUUGAAGGCGGGAACCAUGAAAUGGAGAAGAUCGAAGACAGACUCGAACUUUUUGGAGUUCGCCAACGUGCACGACAAGGAAUCCGAAGGCUUUGAGAAAAAGAAGAGCUGCUCAGUGCAGGGCCCCGACAAGAAGGUCGGCAAGAACAGGGCUCUCGCCUUGGACAAGCUCACUUUCGAGGAGCUGCAGGACAUGGAGCAGGUGAAGGAGAUGAAGAUCGACCCCGACUUGAAGUCUGUCAUUACGAAGAUGAAUGAUGACCAAGACCAGAGCUCCAGCGACGAGGAAGACAGCGAGUCCAGCCACGCGAAGAAGGUGACGAUCACGAAGAAGAAGAAAACGAAGAGGACUUCCUCAUCGUCGAAGUCGAAGGCGAAGAGCAUGGAUUGGGAGAAGUUGUCGCAGAUUGAGGAGACAGACAACAAGAGUGAGUUCAACAAGAAGUUGACCCUCUUCAAGUCCGAGCUGCAGAAGGAAGAGACCUUCUUUGAGAUGCUGCUCCUGGAGUCGAAGCUCAGGAAGAACGAGAAGAAGGACGUCCAGCAGAACCUGGAGGAUCUGUCGAAGACCUUGAAACAGGUGGGGUCGGGCAUUGAGAACCUCGCCAGUAAGGAUGCUGUGAAAAAGAGCCUCCUGAUGGCCCUCAAGUCGUUGAAGGCUUCGAAGAACCUGAAGAAGAACUUGGCAGUCUGCAAGGAGACCCAGACCAAGGUGAAGUCUCGCUUCCAAGAAGACCGAGACGAGUGCAGAAUCAGGGCCAUGGGGAAGAAGAGGAAGGCUAACCUUCUUGAACCGGCCCCGUCGCCUCUGAGACUCUUGUUACUGGAAGAGUUCGCUUUUGGACGAUUUUCAGCUGCUCAAGUGCAAAAAAUGGCGAGUGCAGCAGUUCGGAGCUGCAAAGAACCCAGCCCAGACCUGGCGAGUUUGCAGAUGCUGGGAGGACAAGGCACUAGUGCUCAGAACUGCCACAGAGACUUGAUGAAGAUGCUGAAUGUGUGCAGAGCGCCAGAAAGUACCUUGAUCAGCACCCCGGUGUCCUUGAGAGACAAGAAAUCUGGUGGUGCCGUGGUGGAGUCGAAGCAGGUGCCUUUGCUUCUUCCCCACGAGUGGUUCGAUGUGCUGGAGAAGAACGAUGUGCUGGAGAUGUUCACUGCAACUUGGUCGAUUAAGACCUCGGAAUUGCUGAUCGGCUGUUUGCCGAAAUCAGCAAAUGCUGGAUCGUGGCCAGCUUUGUGGGACAAAAUCUGUGAAAGUUUGACACUGUUGGCCUCGCGACACAAAGCUGUGGUCAUGGCUUUGGUAGGAGACUUGGAGUUCUUCUCGCAGGAAUUCGGAUGGCCUACUGCGAACAGCAAUAAUUUGUGUCCUUACUGCAAGUGUGACAACCUUUUCAAAGAUGCAGAUGCUGUCGCCCCGUUCAAUGACUUCAGAGCAAGUGCUGAGUGGAGAAAGCAACCCAGAGAUCCAAGAGAAAAUGAUCACCCUUUGUUUAAAGUUCCAGGGAUCAAUUUUUUGUCCCCGAAACUUGAUGUGUUGCACAUGCUAGACCUUGGAGUCAGUUCGCAUUUGUAUGGAAACUUGAUCAACGACAUCUUGGAGGACCACCUACCUGGGAACUUCGCUGCAUCCAUUGGAGCUUUGAACUCAAGAAUCCAGGAGCUGUACGAGAGUCAGUCGACCCCAGCUGCUGCCAGAAUCCCGAAGUUGAGCAAAGGGAACAUUCAAAGUCAGACUGGGUACCCGUGCUUGAGCCAUGUGAAAGGGCGACGAAUACGAGAGUUCUCGAGUGUGGCUGUGGGGUUGGCAGACUUGUACAAGGAUACAGUGGCAGGAAAGCAUCGUCUUGAAGCAGUGAAGGCCAUGGACGAGAUUUACGAGCUGUGUGACUGCCAGAAGUAUCGCUUCGACAGAAAGGAGCACAGAAGCAUGGAGAAGGCGAUUGACAGAUUGCUCCUGCACUACACUUUCUUGAGCAGAGAUGCUUUCAACAGAGGAAAGAAGAGGUACAGUGUCACCCAGAAGUUCCACUUGAUGGCACAUUUUCAUGUUCAGUGUAAAUGGAUGGCACCCAGACUUGCUUGGACCUAUGGCCCUGAGAGUUUCAUGUCGGUGUGCAAGAAAAUCGCUGCUUCAUGUGAUAGAGGAACGCCGAGCUACCAGAUUCCACUGAAGAUUUGUGGAAAAUUCGCCUUAGCUUACGAGCUCCUGCUGCGAGGAUGGCUGAAUCUGGAUGAAGAUGAGGAGUGA